AUGGCGUCCUCCGGCGAGGGCGUCGGGCGAGUCGACCUCGAUCGCGUCGUGUGCCUGGACGACCUCGAGCGCGCGGCGGGAAGGGUCAUGGACCGCCAGGACUUCGAUUACUUCGCGGGCGGCGCGGAGACGGAGUCGACGCUGCGCGCGAACGCGUCGGCGUUCGCGGACGUGACGCUGUGGCCGCGCGUCCUCGUGGACGUCCGCGACGUGGACACGUCGACGUCCGCGCCCGCCAUCGGCCUGGGAAGAAAACUCCGCACGCCGCUUCUCGUCGCGCCGGUGGCGAUGCAAAGCAUGGCGCACCCGGACGGCGAGCGCGCGGCGGUUCGCGCGUGCGCGUCUCGCGGCGUGCCGUACUGCGCCGCGCAGCAGGCGACGACGAGCGUGGAGAGGAUCGCGCGCGCGUGCGAGGGCGGCGGAAUCGGCGACGGCGGCGGCGCGCGGAUGUGGUUCCAGCUGUACGUGAGGUGCGUUCUAUACACUGGUUCCCAUACGACCGCGAUCGCGUGGGCGGCGACGGCGGCGCUCGCGAGACGCGCGGCGCUCGCGGGCGCGACCGCGAUCGUCGUGACCGUGGACGCGCCGACGCUGGGGCGGAGGGAGAGAGACGUGAGGAACGGGUUUAAGAUGCGCGACGGGCUGAAGCUCGCGAACGUGGACCACGGCGGCGGGAACGAUUCGGAUUCGGAUUCAUCCGACGCGGCGCAAAAGCGCAUCGCGAAGCGCGUCGGCGACCGCGACGCCAGCCUCACGUGGUCCUCGCUCAUCCCGUGGCUCAAGUCGAUCGUCCCCGCGCUUCCGAUCAUCCUCAAGGGCGUGAUGACGCGCGAGGACGCGGCGUUAGCGGUAGCGCACGGCGUGGACGGCGUGUGGGUAUCGAACCACGGAGGGCGGCAGCUGGACGGCGCGCCGUCGACGUUGCGCGCGCUCGCGGAGGUCGUCGCCGGCGUCAACGACGGUCGUAACGGCAACGCGACGAGCAACGUCGUGCCCGUCGUGUUCGACGGCGGCGUGCGAAGGGGGUCGGACGUGCUGAAGGCGUUGGCGCUCGGAGCGGACGUCGUGGCGAUCGGGAGGCCGGUCGCGUGGGGCCUCGCGUGCGGCGGCGAGGCGGGCGUGCGCAAAGCGAUCGACGUGCUGACGGAAGAGCUCGAGAGCUCGAUGCGGCUCGCGGGGGUGACGAGCGCGAGGGACGCGCGGGAGAAGGGCAUCGCGAGAGCGGCGUGGACGUCGCCGUCGCCGCGCGCGCCGACGUCGAAACUCUAG